GAACAGGGCCGAUGUAUGGUACUCCGUACAGUACUGUAACUUAAUUAGCGCAUAAUAUUCCGCACCCGCCACCAGUGCUACAGUGGGUUGCUCGCUCUGUUUCGCCGAGUGUCUAGUCUCCUCUUGGCCUUAGCGCGGGCCUGACGUCGGUUGAAAAAAGUGUCCCCUCCCAAAGCUCUCAGCCACUAAAUCUGAUAAUUAUAAUGGAUGAUGAUGUCUCAUCGAAUCCCGAAAGUGGAGAUUAUGACAGAAACAUAGGAAACCACCAGGAACCCUCUCUCAACUUCGGCAACCGAUCUAUUCGCACCUGCUUCAAAACGCGGGCUCGACUGUUCGAACAAAGACACACUGUCUUAGGAAUGUAACCAGCAGACCGGCCUUGCAGCAAGCCGCCGAACGCCCAACCGACAACUCCGUGCCUCAAAAGGUGCUCUUUACGACCACUACCUUCAAGUAUCUGGAUGAUCUUGCAGGAGUACUCUUUUAAGUACACGACAGACGAGCUGUCGCAUCACCAGCCACGCUGUCCUUGAUCUAAGCCGACAAAAGUUGCGACAAUGACCAUCUUCGUAGUUUCUCUUUUCCUCCCCCAUACCAUCAACUUCACUCUCCCCGCCCAGAGCGACACUGCGUCCCGCAGGAGCUCCAUCCGCCCUCAUGCUCCUGUCCACCCUCCAAUCCAAAUCGACACCUCUAAAGAUGCUCCCAGUCUGUUCGAUAAGCAGCAGCUUACGCCUCCUCAGUCUCCAACCAAGGAAGAUGGCGGAUACGAGAAGUUCUUUGCCCAGGAAUCAUCCACUGGGCGGAAACACUUUCCGAAGACGGUAGACCCUCGGUCUGUGGUUGCACCGAGUGACCCCCAUGCGCCCGAAUGGGGUACUGGAACCAGCUUUGUGCAGCCAAAGUCCAGGGCAAGCUCGCCACCACCAGCGUCGAUUUUGCAGCAUAAGAAGAGGCUGGUUGAGAAGGCAGCUGCUAUGAGACGCGCCAGCAUCCGGCACACAAACCAUUUGAACCGGAGCAACAGCCACGACAGCCACGACCGCAACUUCUCCGAAGCAACAUGGACGGUUGAGCCCGCGGACCAGGGAAAUGGUGGCUUGCGCAAUGCUGUCCAGGCAGCUGCGCGAAGUGGAAAGCAAGAGUUUAACUGGGUUGGAACUCUUGGCAUGCCCACUGAUGCGCUUGAGAAUACGCAACAAAAGCAAGAUAUUGACGAGGCGCUGGCUGCCGAAUACGACUGCCUCACUGUUUUCUGCAAAGAUAGCGAUUUUGAUGGUGCCUAUACCCACUACUGCAAGCAGAUCCUAUGGCCGGUGUUCCAUUACCAGAUUCCGGACAACCCAAAGAGCAAGACUUAUCAGGACCAUUCGUGGGUCUACUAUGUCAAGGUCAACGAGGCCUUUGCAGAUAAGAUUGUUAAGAACUGGAAGCGGGGUGAUGUGAUUUGGGUGCACGACUACCAUCUGCUCCUCGUUCCGGCCUUGGUGAGGAAGAAGCUUCCUGAUGCCAAAAUUGGCUUCUUCUUGCACGUGGCAUUCCCCUCAUCUGAAGUGUUCCGUUGUCUCGCAGUUCGAAAGGAGCUGCUGGAGGGGAUGCUGGGAGCAAACCUUAUUGCUUUCCAGAUCCACGAAUACUCUCGCCAUUUCUUGCAGACUUGCAGCCGUAUUUUAUGCGUUGAAGCUACGAACGAAGGUGUCCAGCUCGAGGAUCGUUUCGUCAAUGUUGUUAACUUGGCCAUUGGAAUCGACCCAGUGGCCUUGAGUGUGCAUCGCGAGGAUGCGGAGGUCGCAGAAUGGUUGAAAACUAUGCAAGAGCGAUAUAGGGGAAAGAAGCUCAUUGUCGCAAGAGACAAGCUUGAUCACGUCCGGGGAGUAAGGCCUAAGCUCCUGGCGUAUGAGCUGUUUUUGAACAAAUACCCCGAAUGGAGAGAUCGUGUUGUCAUGAUCCAGGUGGCUACCUCAACCACUGAGCAAGCUGAACUGGAUGCUACCGUUUCUGAUAUUGUCACGCGUGUCAACUCGUCGUGGGCAAAUCUCGCCUAUCAGCCCCUUGUAUACUUGAAGCAGGACAUCAGCUACGCGCAAUACCUUGCACUGCUAACUGUUGCGGACGCGCUUAUGAUUGCCAGCCAGCGUGAGGGCAUGAACUUAACCAGCCACGAGUACCUCUUCUGCCAGGAUGGCAAGUUCGAAGGCCACAACAAAUACGGAUCUCUCAUUUUGAGCGAAUUUACUGGAAGUGCCUCUAUUUUCGGCGGCUAUGAUCUUUCUAUCAACCCCUGGGACUACCGCCAGUGUGCGGAGGCCAUCAAGACAGCUCUUGAGAUGGAACCCUCGGAAAAGGAGAGACGAUGGACAAACCUGUACAAGGCUGUAAUGCACGAGACGGCCGACCACUGGUUCAAUGCGUUUAUUAACAAGUUAGACGAAGUCUAUGAGGAACAGCACAGACGGGACACAACCUCGGUUCCCCGCCUGUCCAUCCCUGGUUUAAGCUCCCAAUACCAGUCAUCAGGCCGUCGCCUUUUCAUCCUUGACUACGAGGGAACUCUGGCAGUUUGGGGUUCUCCCAGCAACAUCAUCUUGACCAGCCCACAGCGAACAAUCGACGCACUGAACGAUCUUCUCCAAGAUGAGAGGAACAUGGUCUACGUCAUGAGCGGCCGCAAGCCCGAGGAGCUCGAUACUCUAUUCAAGCGCGUGCCGAACCUUGGCCUGAUUGCCGAAAACGGUGCAUUCCUCCGCGAAUUUGGAAAGACGGAAUGGAAAGAGAUGUCUGAUCCGGAUGAAAUGAACGCUUGGAAGGAGUCUGUUAUUGGAAUCAUGAACUACUACAAGGACAGAACUCCAGGCAGCUGGGUGGAGACACGCCAUUGCUCGCUCAUCUUCCACUACAAGAAUGCCGAGGACUUCGAAACCGCCUCUCGUCAGGCUGGAGACUGUGCCGGCCAUAUUAACGACGCAUGCGAGGACCAGCACGUCCAUGCCAUUCCCGUUGAGGGAGCCGUUAUUGUCGAGUCUAUGAAGUGGACGAAGCGUACUGCUGCCGAGAUUAUCUUCAAGAACAUUAAGGAUGGCAUGGAAUCAGCCCGGAAGGGCAAAUACCCCGUGGAUUUCUUAUUGGUGGUUGGUGAUGGACGUGAAGAUGAAGUGGUCUUCAGAUGGGCGAAUGAAAUAGAGGAAAAGGGCGAGGUUCCGUACGUUACGACUGUCAGCUUGGGAAGCCGUAACACGGAGGCUAUGAAAACGCUGACGCAGGGAGUUACUGGUGUUCUCACUGUUCUCCAGAAACUGGCAGCUAAUUUAAUGUGCGAUACCGUCUCGAGUGACUAAUCACUCGCACGGGAUACUUUCUCUUCUUGAAUGGAAGGAUUUAUUAGCAGUGGGCGAAUUUUGUACGAGGCAGAUAGGUGAAUUGGACACUCCUUGAAUAUCGAAUGGGAAUAUCACAACACACAACAACGGAGGGGGUUACGGAGUAUGAAGAUGGAUGGAAUGCACAAGGCGUACUCUGGAGGAAGGUAAAUAAAACAGGAUAAACGACAAAGGGCUCGCAGGAGUCAGAAAAAGGACACUAUUGUGUAUGAUGAGUUGGGAUACGGCCGAAGCACUAUACAUAAAGCGUUUUUUUUUUUUUUUUUUUUUUUUUUUCAUUUAUCUAGGCC